AAAAUUUAGAAGAAUAUUUCAGAUGACUGAGGAUCACCUUUCCACUUGCUAAAUAGGCAUGUUAAGGGCAGAGGCCACUCAAGAUUAAUGAAGUGUUCUAUUAACAAUUUUAAUGAGAACUCCUGCAGUACUCUUAGAAACACCCUUAAGAGUCUUGUCUGUGUUCCCUGUUGUGAUUGGCCUGGAGUAGGAUACAUGACUACCUCAUAUUACUUGUAUUUUUCCCUGCCUUCAUUUUAUCUCCCUCUGGUUGCACACCUCAUCACUGAACACUUAAGGUUCAUUUCCAGAACAGAAGCAGUUCAUACUUGGUGCGCUGUGGACUCUUGUGAUAAUUAACCAAGAGUAACUCUAUUUGUCCAACCUCACACCUAAAGAAGAAAGAAAAUGGCUUGUGCUGAGUUUUCUUUUCAUGUACCAAGUCUAGAAGAGCUUGCUGGAGUUAUGCAGAAGGGGUUAAAAGAUAACUUUGCUGAUGUCCAGGUCUCUGUAGUUGAUUGCCCUGAUUUGACUAAGGAACCCUUUACCUUUCCUGUAAAAGGCAUCUGUGGGAAAACUAGAAUUGCAGAAGUAGGAGGUGUGCCUUACUUACUGCCUCUUGUAAACCAAAAAAAAGUUUAUGAUCUGAAUAAAAUUGCAAAAGAAAUCAAGCUGCCUGGAGCUUUUAUUCUUGGAGCAGGAGCAGGUCCAUUUCAGACUCUCGGGUUCAAUUCUGAGUUUAUGCCAGUUAUUCAGACAGAAAGUGAACACAAGCCUCCUGUGAAUGGUAGUUACUUUGCCCAUGUAAACCCUGCAGAUGGAGAGUGCCUCCUGGAGAAAUACAGUGAGAAACGUCAUGAUUUUGAAUGUGCAUUACUGGCUAAUCUUUUUGCCAGUGAGGGCCAACCUGGCAAGGUAAUUGAGGUGAAAGCCAAAAGAAGAACUGGACCACUUAACUUUGUGACUUCUAUGAGACAGACCCUGGAAAAACAUUGGAAUAAGCCUGUAGGAAUGGGAGGUACUUUCAUAAUUCAGAAGGGAAAAGUGAAGUCUCACAUUAUGCCUGCAGAAUUUUCUUCCUGCCCCUUGAACUCUGAUGAAGAGGUGAAUAAAUGGUUGCAUUUUUAUGAGAUGAAAGCUCCUUUGGUUUGUCUACCAGUUUUUGUCUCCAGAGACCCAGGGUUUGAUUUGCGACUGGAGCACACUCAUUUUUUCAGUCAUCAUGGAGAAGGUGGACACUACCAUUAUGACACUACUCCAGAUAUAGUGGAAUAUCUUGGGUACUUCUUACCUGCAGAGUUUCUCUAUCGCAUUGAUCAACCAAAAGAGUCUCAUUCAAUUGGGCGAGAUUAAAUCAGCUGAUACUUAUUUAGAAAAAGAAAUCAUUAAGGUUAAUUAAUUGACUCAUUAAUUGAUACUGACAUAAAACCAAUAGAAAUGAUCCCACGGGCCAGGCACAAUGGCUCAUGCCUAUAAUCCCAGCACUUUGGGAGGCUGAGGCAGGAGGAAAACUGGAGCCCAGGAGUUUGAGACCAGCUUGGGCAACAUAGCAAGACCCUGUCUGUUUUUUUAAAAAAGUGAAAAAUAGAGAUGAUCUCACUACUUAGACCCCAUUCUUUUUCACUUCAUAUGAAAGGAUAUAUUGAUUGUAUAUUCUAUAUUAUUUCAUAGAUCUGUCUGAAAGAGAUUAGGAACAAAAAUAUCUAAUUGAGAUAUUCUUUUUUUUUUUUUUUUUUUUUUGAAACGGAGUCUCGCUCUGUUGCCCAGGCUGGAGUGUAGUGGCCGGAUCUCAGCUCACUGCAAGCUCCACCUCCCGGGUU